GUCUCUUUUCUGUCUGGACACUCACACGCAAACUCUCCAUGCAACUUAUCCAGUAAGCUCAUGAUGACAAUUGCAUUGACCUAAAACCCCUUCACAAUGGCCGAUACGCUCUCCGAAAAACCACAACAACCACAACAACAACCCUCCCCUCCCUCCACCGCAACCACCGCAACCACUAAUCCCCCCUCGUCCUCCCCCACCUCCAUCCGCAUCCUCACCCUCAACUGCUGGGGCCUCAAAUACAUCGCCAAACUGCGGCAUGAGCGCCUCACCGAGAUCGGCCGACGGCUGGCCAUCGCCACCCCACCGCCCGAGAUCGUCGGGCUGCAAGAAUGCUGGACGCAGGCGGACUACGAGAGCAUCCGGCAGCAGACGCGCCACAUCCUGCCGCACGGCAAGUUCUACCACGGGGGCAUCUGGGGCGCGGGGCUGGCGAUCCUGUCGCGGUGGCCGAUCGAGGAGAGCAGCAUGGUGGGGUACCCGCUGAACGGGCGGCCGACGGCCUUCUUCCGCGGGGACUGGUACGUGGGGAAAGGGGUGGCGUGCGCGCGUGUGCGGGUUGGGGCCGCUCCCCAGGAAGUGGCCGAGGUGUUCUGCACGCACCUGCACGCGCCGUACGAGCGCGAGCCCAACGACUCGUACAUCUGCCACCGGACGGCGCAGGCGUGGGAGAUCGCCAAGCUGAUGCGCGGCGCCGCCGAGCGCGGCCACCUCGUCAUCGGCCUGGGCGACUUCAACAUGCUGCCCUCGUCGUUCGCGCACCGUCUCAUCCAGGCCCACAGCCCCGUCCGCGACGUCUGGCAGGUCCUGCAUCCGGAUUCCUCCCUGGGCGCCGCCAUCGACCCCGUCGAGCAGGCGCGCGGGAAGCCCGUCCCCUCGGCGCGGUUCAAUGUCACAGAGAAUGGGGCCACCUGCGAUGGACGGUUCAAUACUUGGCGCUGGAGUAAGGAGGAUCAGAAGCGGUUGCUCAAAAAGGGUGAGGAGAUCGAGGUCGAUCCCGAGGCCCCGUGUCCGCGCGGCAAGCGACUCGAUUAUAUCUUUGUUGGAGAUGGAAGUGGUGGUGGUGGUGGUGGUGGUGGGUUGCGGUCUCCGUCAGUCCCACAAUGGACCGUCAAGUCGGUCCAGUUGAGUAUGAUGGAGCGCCAUCCGACGCUGCGAUGCUCGCUGAGCGAUCACUUCGCCGUGGAGGCGGUCAUCACGCGCGAGGAGGCGCAGGAGCAGUCUGCUAAGCUGGAGGCUGAAGGGAGUAGCGCUGCUGCCGCUGCUACGGCUGCUGAUGGCUCGUCACUCGCUCCCAACACCACCCUCGAGCCAGAGACCUAUGACCGCAUCAUCGAGAUGAUCGACAAGUAUGUCCAGCGGGAACGCUCGCAGCGACGCUGGCGACUCGCACACUUUGUCGCCUCCGUGUUUGUGUCGAUCGGCUGUAUGGUGGGCGUUUGGUGGACCGGCGACCACCUGCCAUAUGUGGCCUUCAUCCUGCUGUUCGUGAGCACGUUGAACUUUGGCGCGGGAAUCCUGGAUGGAUUGAUUGGAGGGUUAUUUAUGUCCAGCGAGCUGCGCGCGCUGAAGGAGUUUGAGUGGGAGGUUCGGAACGCGAAGCAGAUCGCCGAGGCGGCUGCUGCUGCUGGGACGUCGAAGAGGGCGGGAUGAGCUUUCUUGUAUGAUUGUGUGUAUAAUAUGUGUGGUCUUUGUAUAUAAGUUAAUGUUUACUAGGCUGAGAUUGAU